UAAACAUCGCAAUUAUGUCACAGAGAGCACUGAAGAAAGAGAUAGAGAUACAAUCUUUUAAAGAGAGAAAAAAAUAAAAUAAAAAGAGUACUUUUUGCAAAAUGGUGAGAAUGUUGGAAGCAUGGAAGCAAAGUAAAGGCUAAAAAUGGCGGCAACUAUUUCCUUACUUUCUUCUAUUUAUUAAAUCUUCUUUCAUCUACAAAAAUUUACUCCACACCCAAAAAAAAAAAGAGAGAAAAAGCAAAAUUUCUUUAUUUGUUUCCUUUUAUAGUUUACUUCUUCAAGUGGGUUGUGACCAAUUAUAAGCAAAAGAUAAACAAAAAGCAAGAAUUUAAAAAAAAAAAUUAGUGGGUGUUUUUUUUUUCUUUCUAAUUUAAGAAAAAACACAAUUUUUAAGGAUGAAAAAGAAUACUACUGGAAAUAGCAUUAGUAAUGAAAAUGGCGUUUCAAGGAAGAAAUUCCAAGAUGGUCAAGUUGUUGUAGUUGAGUUGGGUUUAAAGUUGCAGCAACAACAGCAAGAUCAGAGCCGUUCAUUUUUGUGUAAUCAAAGUAGUAGAGCUGUUGAUGUUGUUGUUGAUGAUGAUGAUGAUGAUGAUCAUGAUCAUAAUAAUCAUGAUGAUGUUGAUGUAAAUGGUGGGUCCACAUGUAAUGUGUAUAACAAUAUGAUCAGUGAUAAUAAUAUUAAUCCUAUAUCAUAUUCUGUUGUUGGUGAUUCUUCUUCUACAACAACAACAACAACAACAACUUCUGUAAGAGGUUUACAGCCUUUUGAUGUUUCUUCAUAUUACACUUCUGCAAAUCCUUUCUUCAAAUCUUCAGGUGGAAUGGCUACAACAACAAUGGGAUUUCCAUUUACAGCAGCACAAUGGAAAGAGUUGGAAAGACAAGCAAUGAUUUAUAAGUACAUGAUGGCUUCUCUUCCUGUUCCUCCUGAUCUCCUCUAUUCUGCUUUCGCCACUAAUUUCUCACCUCCUUCCACUUUUACCCCUGCCUCAUAUUUUUUGGGAAAGUAUGGGAGUGGAAUAAGCAUGAGAUGGAGUGGAAAUAGCAAAGAUGCAGAACCAGGGAGGUGUAGAAGAACAGAUGGAAAGAAAUGGAGGUGCUCAAGGGAUGUGGCGCCUAACCAAAAGUACUGUGAGCGUCACAUGCAUAGAGGACGUCCCCGUUCAAGAAAGCAUGUGGAACUUCAACAACAACAACAACAACAACAACAACAACAACAGCAACAACAUCAGCAACAACAUCAGCAACAACAGCAACAACAUCAGCAACACCAACAGCAUCAUCAUUCUGUGUCCAUCAACAACAAAGACAAUGACAAUAAUGCCCCUACUAAGAAGACUCGUUUGACUGAUUCAUCCCCUUCAAACCCUCAAUGUGUUGGAUCUUCUGUUCAACCUUCUACAAAAGCUUCCAUCUUUAAUCAUCAUUUGGUCUCUAAUUCUAACCCUUUUGAAGAUUCCAGGAACUUGGGUUGGAGUGAUGAGCAACAAUGGAGUCAAAUGGUGCAGACAAACAUGAAUUCCUCAGUUUUCCAGCACCAAUUUAAUGGGGAGCCAUUGAAUUUGAAUUCACAUGCUGGUUUCAAUCCUAAAUCUGAUGACUUGGGCUUGCUCGAAAGGCCCUUGAUUGAUGCUUGGAGCAAUGGUGGUAAUGGUAAUGAACUUUCUCUUGCCUCCUCAAAUGGAGGAAACUCCAAUUCCAUUGAUGAAGAAAUGUGCCAAAUCCAUAUGGGCCUUGGGCUUAUUGACUCAUGGGUUACUUCCACCACCACUCCUGGAGGCCCAUUAGCCGAAGUUUUAAGGCCUGGUAAUCCAGCAAUGUCAGAUGUGAGUGAGAUCGAGUUUAUCACUCCACCAGCCACAGCAGUCUCGUCUCCUUCUGGGGUUCUUCAGAAAACUCUUGCUACAUUUUCUGAUAGCAGUGAGAGCAAUAGUCCUAUUACAUGCCAUAAUAACUCCAAGGCAAACUCAGAUAUGCCAUUUCACUGGUUGAAUUAGUAUGUUUCUUUUUUCUCAUGAAGCACAUUGUGUUGUUUAAAGCUUCAGUAAGAAUUGGUAGAUAAAUCCAGGAUUAGGUGGCUGUUUCUUGCAACUAAUAGCUGGAAAUUUUGUAUGCUUUUGUAUGUUCUUUUGAUGUGUAUGAUUUCCAACUGUGUAGUAGAAUUUUGAUAUUCUGUUGCUGGAAGAGCAGAAAUAUUAGUUAGUAUGUUGAGUUUGAAGGUGUCUAGAUGUGGUUGCUGUAUGAAUAACACUAAACACUGAAGCAUUUGGUGGUGAACAACAGAAUGCAAGGAUAUUAGUACCUUAUUUA